AUGGCAGCAAUAUUGAUAAUGGUGGUGAGUCUUGCAAUGGUUCUAGGCCUAAUAUUAGUUCUACUUGCUGAGUUCUUCUGCUCCCUCUUACUUCGUCGUCGACAACAGUCAAAAACGGCUAUAAAUUCCACGUCAGCUUCCAUCGCACAACCACCACCACCACGUCGCCAAGAUCAAUCAAUUGCUCCAACAACUCUUAGUAGCUUCUACGCACAAGGGGUUCUUCACGCUCCUAGAAAUUUCCUCUUCCCUAAAGACGACGACAACAACAGCAGCUUACCCAGUGUAAUCUCACAAGUGAGGUCUGUGGAGUGUGAGGCGUACACAGACCUUAACCCUAAAGAAAAUUUCGAUUUUGAAAUGCAAAAUCGAAAUUCUUCUUCACCUUAUCCUUCCUUUAUUCAAAUUCAAUCCCCUAAAUUAGUACAUGAAGUACCACUACAAUGUAGCACUAGUACAUGUACAACUAUGGAGCAAUUUGUUUACAUAUCAAAUCCAAUUUACGAUAAUGAAAAACCCAGGCCAAGUAUGGUUGAUACGCCUUUUGAAACACCCAAUUCAUCGCCCUCUUAUCUCGAAACAAUUGAUAAUUCUUCAGAGAAAGACGACGAAAAUUGUGGAAUAUCAUCUUCAUCAUCAACUAGUCCAUCUUCUUCAGUUCAAUUAACUCCAAUGAAGAAACUUCCAGCUGAGGCAUGUUCAGUUUCACUUAGAGAUGUUAGAUCAAUUAUUACUUCAGAAAGUAAUUCUAAUAGUAACAAUUCUUCUUUUUCCUCUGGAUCUCCUUGUACUUCUCCUUCUUGGUGA